CAGGUGCUCUUCGCUUCUUGACCUACGAAAUCUUUCUCAACCCCUUUUCUCAUUUUCUUCCUUUCCCGAACACGAAUAAGAACACGAUACCGCUCGCGCACAGGAUGUUGCAGAUACGAAGCUUUGUAAUUGCUGCCUUUGCUCUUCCGCUUUGCCUUCUCUUCUGCUUCUUCACCUUGCCUUUCUUUGCUCUUUGCCCCUUCUUGCUUUAUUUUCCUUCGUUCUCCAUCUUGCUACUACGUCUCAUGCUUCACUUGCUUGUUGGUUCUGGAAAAACGGCGUCGACGGUGGUUGUUACGCUAUGGCGGCGGCGGCGGCGGCGGCGGCGGCGGCUGGCAACGGUGCCCUCUGUUGUUUUCUCCUGGAACGGUCUGGAUGGUUUAUGGUGAUCACUGGUAACUGGUGGUGGGAACGAUACCCCUUUUCCUUGAACUCACUCUCUCUACUCUUAUUGUCCUGUCUGGUUAUUAGGUUGAACUUGUCUGAAAAGCAAAAGAAUGAGGAUGUGCAAAC